CGAAAUAAAAUUAACAGUGUGUGAAAAUUUAUGCAAAUUGUGCAAGGUGUAUUUUUUUAAAAGCUUUCACGAAGAAAAUUCUCGCGUUAAUAUUUAAGAGAAAAGUGAUCAAUGAGAAAAUAUGAUCAAUGUGCAGUUUCGCGAUUAAUGCAAUUUUCUGCAGACAGUGGCUGAAUAAGAAGUACCGGAUGGAUUAAAUUAAAGUGAAAAGAGAUAAAAUAAGAGGUAGUAUCAAUUUGCAUCGUUAGAGGAAGAGACCGAGUUUAUUUGCUCGCUGCGACUGAGACAGAGUCCCGCUCUAGGAGCUUGCCAACAUUCUUCUGUCUGUCCGUCUAUUUAUACUUACGUUCAAAUAAAAGUCAUAGAUCUGUGGAAAAUAGCAGACGCGACAAAAAGUAGCUAAAAUGACACCAGUACGCCAUUACGUCCAACGAGUUUAUAGUAGUGCGAACUGUGCGUAAAUGUUGAGUGAUUUGUCGUAAACAUUCGAGGAUCUUUGAUUCUCGUAUAUCGUACGUAAGCGCAGAAUCGAUUGUCGUCACGUUGAAUACUCUAACCAGUGACUAUAAUCGUAUUUCUUGUAGAAAGAGGUGCUUCGUCGGAGGAAUUUAAAGUCGGAGGAAUUUGGAGUCGGAAGAAUGCGUUCCUUAGGGAAUUGCUCUUCAAAAGUAUCGAACGAUAAUUUCUCCUUGUGAUUCCCUGUAGAAUCUGAACGAUUAAAGGAGGAAACGAUCGCGGAAAAUCAUCGUAUUUGAAACGCGAGUAAGGUACUAAGAGCACGUUUCGUUUAAGUGUUUACCAGUUUUGUACCUCGUGACAGUUGUCGCAAAAUCGACUACAAACAUGUCGAAUUCACCGCGAAUGCGAAAGAUGCCACCCAGGCCAAAGAUCUUACUUCCAGUUCCCGGACAAUACUAUCCGCAUCCGCCGACGGCGACCGGUAUGAGUUACGUGUCGACGCCGUACGGACAAACACCAGUACCUAUGACUCCGGUUGCCGGUCAGCCGCAGAUUUUUUACUCUAAUCGGGCCAGUGAGUUCGUCUAUACACAAUUUAAGGGGAUCAAGGAUCUAACAAAAUCUGGUCUUAGUGUGGGCGAGAAGAGCGCCUUUUGGCUUUAUGAGAAGGUCAGAUCCUGGAGCAAGAGAUGGUUCACGCAUAUUUUUUUAUUCGUUGUUAUACUUCUGUAUAGCAUCAUUGGGGCGAUAAUUUUCGUAGCGGUUGAAGGAUCGGUCGAAAAAGUUGCUGUUUCGAACAUUCGGCAAAAAAGAAAUGAUACGGUCGAGGCAAUUCGUGGAUUAUGCGGAGACUCGGUGUUGGCAUCAGAUAUGUCUCGUUGGAGAGGAGCAGCGGUGAGAGAGCUGAUGCAGUACGAGAAAGAUCUGUAUGAGUACUUCAAUCGGGAAUUAAAAGACAAAGGCGAGGAAGUAUGGACGUUUUGGAAUGCUGUGUUCUACUGUGGCACCAUUUAUACGACCAUAGCUUUCUCCUCGAGCGAGAAAUCAAAAGCCAGCGGAGGAAUAAAGCAGCGGGAUGACACGUUUAUGUAG